AUGCUUCCACUUUAUUCAAUUGCUGUUGUAUUGAUGGCCUCGUCUGCCUCUGCAAUCCCAUUCAAGCGUUAUGAUAACACUACCGAACCAUCUCUGAGUUCUGCUGCUGCCGUUCCAGGUUCUUCUUCCGUUUUGACAACUCUCCCAACUUCUUUGCUGAGCUCGUCAGAAUUAUCAGUUGCUCCAACCACUUCAAGUGACGUAACAACUGCUGCCGCUUUGGUUCUGUCUUCUGAAUCUGCGGUUGAAGCUGCUCCAGCAACAACUUCUUCUGAUGAAGGAACUACUACCCUUACCGUUGACGAAUGGGUUACCGUAACUUUACCAUCUACUACAGAAACUAUUCCAGCUAGUGCUACUAGUGCUGUUGAGAAAGCCAAGGCUGCUGCUUCUUCCGCAUCUGUCUCUGACGAUGACAUCGAGACUAUUACCUCCACUAUCAUCGAAUACAGAACUCUUACUUCUGGAAGCGUUGUUGCCACUAUCCCAACCAACACUCUUACCACUACCAUCUCUUCUAAGACUGCUACUGCUUUUUCUUCUGAAGAUGAAACUGAAUUGACCACCACCCUGACUAUUACCAAACAAAUUACCCUUACUCAAGGUAGUACUACUUUAACCCAAGAAACUACAUCUACCGGUACCUCCACUUUGACUGUUCCAACUGUCACUGUCACUGUCACUGAAAACAACUGUAACCCUAGUUCUAGCGCUCCAGACAUCACUUCUACGAUUGUCGAGACUUCAACUAUUACUUCUGCUUUCCCAAUUACCGCUGAAUUCACUUACGGUGGUAACUUGACUACUACCCUUACUAGUACUGUUUUUGUUACUUCUACUCAAUUACACACCACUACUACCCAUAUCACUUCAACUCCAACCCCAAGUUACUCGGCUUCUGGCAAUGGUACAUUCUACUCAUCUGCCGCUCCAAGUGCUUCUAGUUACGUCCCAGCUACUCCAUUGAAGAGAGGUUUGUUCAACCUUUUCUAA